AUGCCUGUACGCCCAGCUCUUAAACUUAAUAGUGGCCAUGAAAUUCCUCAACUUUCCUUCGGAACACUUGAUGCUCCGAAAGUUGAUGUGGUUAAUGCCGUGAAAGCCGCUUUUGCCUCAGGUUACCGUCAUAUUGACUGCGCAAUGAUAUACGGCAACGAAAAAGAAGUAGGUCAGGCCAUUGCAGAAUCCAUGAAAGAGUACAAUCUUAAACGCGAAGACAUUUUUAUCACUUCGAAACUCUUUUGUGAUCGACAUGACCCUAAAGACGUUAAAAGAUCAUGUGAAGAAACAUUGAAAGACCUUGGUCUUGAGUAUCUGGAUCUCUACCUUAUUCACUUUCCUGUUCCACUUCGAGUCGCAGAGGGAGCUACUUUUGAUUCUAAUGACCCAAAGACAUUUAUUUUGGAAAAUCGCAAACUUGAAGACACCUGGAAAGCAAUGGAAAAGUUGGUUUCAGCUGGACUGGCGAAGUCUGUUGGCGUGUCAAACUUCAAUAAACGCCAAAUUGAACGUAUCAUCGAGCAUGGAACGAUAGUGCCAGCAGUUAAUCAGAUUGAAGUGAAUCUUCACUGGCUUAACACCAAGUUGAUUGAAUUCUGUCAAUCGAAAGGCAUUCAGGUUGAAGCUUAUGCUCCUUUUGGCUCCCCUGGUGUCAUCAAGGAAAACGUUAAGUCGCUGUUUCAACUGGAGGCUGUUGUUGAGAUCGCGAAUAAGCACAAAGUUACUCCUGCCCAAGUUCUGAUUCGUCAUGGUCUGCAAAGAAAUUUGAUUGUUAUCGCCAAGAGUGUUACUCCCGAGAGAAUUCAGACCAACAUUGAUGUUUUGGGUUUCGAGCUGACUAAUGAGGAGAUGAACGAGCUUAACACUUCUGGUAUGAACAUUCGCCUGUUCAAAAUGGAAGCCACGUCCGAACAUCCUGAAUAUCCGUUCCACGACGAAUUCUAA